CGCAAGACUCUUUUCUUGUGGAUUAUAUUGACACUGGUUUGAUCAGGUCAAUUUCAAUGAUACUUCUUUUUUUUUUACGGAAUUUAAAAAGAAAAAGUUUUUGAAUAUUUUCUAUAUUGAAUAGAUUUGAUUGCCUCCUUACGACCUUAAAAAGUUUGACGAUUUUGGAUUCUGUUUUCUUUAUAAUUGCCUUUUCACGAUGUCUUCUAUGAUUACAACUACCUCCUGGGUGCGACGGGGUGUCGCUGCCCAGAUGCCGACUAAGUAUGAGAUUGAUGAAGAGGAGAUGAAUCGGAUAUCGACUCUCGCGAAGAUGCAGCUUGAGGAUGCUCAGAGUGAUCUGAAGGCUGCUCAGGAUGGGGACGAGGAUGAGGGCGAUGAUGAUGAGGCUAUGGAGGAGGAUGACAAGAAGGAUGUGAUGGAGGAGGAUUCGGGGAAGAAGACCGAGGCGGCCACUGCUGAGUAUGUCUGGAUGUUCUUCGGCCUGCGUGGGUUUGAUUGGAUGGUUCAAGCUGACCUAGCUAUAGCGACGACGACUUGAAGGAAUAUGAUCUCGACCAUUACGACAGUGAUGAGGUCGAUGAGGAUGGCGAGAAGACUACCAUGUUCGGCAAUGUCAAGUCGCUUGCUUACCACCAGCCUAACGAGGAGGAUCCGUACCUGGUGAUGCCACCGGAGGAGGAUGAUGAAGAGAGAGAGGAACUGCAGAUUCUUCCAACUGAUAACUUGGUACUUGCGGGCAAGGUGGAGGAUGAAGUCGCGCAUCUUGAGGUCUACGUCUACGAGGAUCAGGACGCCAAUCUCUACGUGCACCAUGACAUCAUGCUGCCGGCCAUUCCUCUCUGCACUGAAUGGUUGGACAUGCCCGUUGGAAAGACCGCCGAGGGCCGCACUACAGGAAACUUCGUGGCUGUUGGAACGAUGGAGCCUGAUAUCGAGAUCUGGGAUCUGGACAUUGUGGACUGCAUGUACCCCAACGCUAUCCUCGGCCAGGGUGGUGAAGGUGAAGCCAAGAAGCCAAAGAAGAAGAAGACCAAGGCGAACGACGAGUUCCACGUCGACGCGGUGCUCGCGUUGGCUGCGAACCGGCAACAUCGCAACCUCCUUGCCUCAGCCUCGGCCGAUCGAACGGUUAAACUUUGGGAUCUCAACACCACUAAAUGCGCCAAGUCUUACGCCCACCACACCGACAAGGUGUGCUCCUUGGACUGGCACCCGAAGGAAUCUACCGUCUUGCUGAGUGGCAGCUACGACCGCACUGUGGUGGCCGCGGACAUGAGAGCCCCCGACUCCAAGGCCCGGUGGGGUGUAGACACAGACGUCGAGAACGUGCGCUGGGAUACACACGAUCCCAACUACUUCUACGUGACGACGGACGGCGGUAUGGUCUAUCGCUACGAUGUGCGAAACGUCCCCGCCAACCCUAAGGAUUCGAAACCAGUGUGGUCCCUGCAGGCGCACGACGACUCGGUGUCAGCUUUCGACAUUAACUCCUCCAUCCCGGGUUUCCUGGUCACCGGUAGCACCGACAAGCAGGUCAAACUGUGGAACGUCGAGAACGACAAGCCUAGCAUGGUCGUCUCACGCAAACUGGAAGUGGGCAAAGUUUUCUCGACUACAUUCGCCCCCGAUCCGGAGGUCAGCUUCCGACUGGCCGUAGCCGGCAGCAAGGGCGUUGUGCAGAUCUGGGACACUUCCACCAACGCCGCAGUCCGCCGGGCUUUCGUGUCGCGGAUGCCCAGUCUGGAAGGUGAGGUGCAGGAGCGCACAGUCGGUGUGCAGGCGGACCAGAAUGAGUCAGAUGAAGAAGAUGCCGCCCAGGAGGUUGGUGUGGCCGCCGGUGGUGCGGAUGGCUGGGAGUCGAUGGACGAAGACUGAGGUCUUAGAAACGGGGAAGGAUAUCCUAAGCAAGGAGCCUAUUGUGUGCACAUUGCGUCAGUAUAGAAAGCUUCUUUGUCCGUUCUAUGUGUAUAGUCCUGUUUGCCUUCCAUCUGACAUGCAAUGAAAACGUUGAUACCCGGUUUGGUUUAAAUUGCAACUGAAUGGUGAUCGAAAUUGGGAACGGAGGACAUGUCCGUACACGGUAAUGAUCGACCAGAUCCUGGUCGAAAACGGUCCUAGUGUGAAACGGCUCGUCUAGCCAAUCAGAUCCGCUUUUUAAUUUGGAGUUACAAUUUUCCAGAGUAAAGCCGACAAUAAGUUACUUAAGUAAACCCGGGAAUUGGCGAUGGAUGUCACGGUAUCGCUUAGCGAUGGGGAGAGGGGACAACGUGAUACGGGAGGCAUGGAAACAAAGAAAAAAUUGAUAUAGUUCACAAUAUGCAAGUGACAGGUAGAAUUACAAUAUCAGUUAUUGCUUUUGCUAUUCACUUUCAUUAUGUACUACUUAGUACUACCAGGAUCAUCUGCAAAUCCCACAUGGGAAGAAA